GACCUCAGUCAGCACAGCCUCUAGUCCGGCGAGUUUUUCCUUUCUUUUUGCUAUGAUUGUUAUUCUCUCACUCUUCACCACGUUCCGGACGAAGCAGCUUUAAGACAUCGCUUUGCUCAAUUACACCCGGCGGUAGCCCCAACGGCCCGUUUUGGUUCCUCCGUUGGAAACUGCUACUUUAAUAGAUAAGGAUGGAUAAACUGUUUGGAUCCUUGAAAGGUCUUCUAAAACUUCAAGCUGUUGUAAUUGAUAAUAAUGUGUUUAGGUUACAUUAUAAAGUGACUGUGCCCAUUCUAAUAGCCUUCAGCUUAUUGGUAACAAGUCGCCAAUAUAUUGGUGACCCCAUCUCUUGUAUUUCGAAAGAUGAUUUUCCAACCAGAGUUCUUGAUACGUAUUGCUGGAUACAUUCAACAUUCAGUGUUGAAGAAGCAUGGUUUAAAGAAGUUGGGAAGGAGGUUCCCUACCCUGGCGUAGACAAAUACCACAAAAGCCAUACUAAAAUUUACCAUGCUUACUAUCAGUGGGUGUGCUUCGUACUCUUCCUUCAAGCAAUCCUUUUCUAUGUACCCCGCUAUUUUUGGAAAGCCAUGGAAUCUGGCAGGAUGCGAGCUAUGGUUAUGCAAUUGAACAGUCCUGUCCUGGAUGAGAAAAAGAGAGAAGCCAACUUGAAGCAAUUAGUGGAUUAUGUUGUAGCCACUUUUAACCACAACGAAAGCUAUUUUAUCUACUACUUAAUCAGUGAAGUGCUUAAUGUGGUGAAUGUGAUUGGUCAGAUGCGUUUAAUGGAUACGUUUCUAGGUGGCACUUUCUCCUCUUAUGGAACAGAUGUGGUAAAAUUCACAGACUGGGAUUGGUCUGUCCGUUAUGAUCCGAUGAUUCGUGUCUUUCCCAGACUCACCAAGUGUACCUUUCACAGAUACGGUUCCUCCGGAGACGUGCAGAAACAUGAUGCCAUGUGCAUUUUGCCCAUCAAUAUCAUCAAUGAAAAGAUAUACGUCUUCCUUUGGUUCUGGUUUGUUUUUUUGGCUGUUAUAUCGUGCGUUGCAAUUGCUUACAGAAUAUUACUCUAUUUUUCACCUGAAGCCAGACUUCAAUCCUUGAAACCGAGAGCUAGCCUUGCAAGAGAAGAACACUUGGAUAUAGUCCUAAGGAAAUGCAAAGUAGGCGAUUGGUUUGUUAUUCAUCUCUUGGCCAAGAAUCUUUACCCGGUUAACUUCAGAGAUUUCAUGUCGCAGUUGACCAGACGUUUGGAGGGCAAAUAUUUUAAUGAUGUUUCUGAAGCAUCAUUGUGAAAUUUGUGCGCCUGAAUACAAUCAAUGUGUGCUAAACAUGUUCUUGAACAAUAUUUAGAUACUAUGUUUAAGUCGGCCUUUUUUUUUAAUCAUUCAUGACUUUUUUACUUAUGAAAGCUAUCCCAAAUAAAAAUACUACCUUUUUAAUUUAAUGAUUAUAUAGUUUUGUGGAAAAUGCCAUGGACCAAUUUUGGAGGUAAGCGUAAAAACUUAUUACAAAGAAAAAAAAAGUGUUUUGUUAAAUUAUUUUCAGUAAAAAGCUGCUUUAUAUCGCAAAUAUAUAGGUUACUUAAAGAAAUCCAUUACUGUUACGUUAAAUGGGAGAGAGAUAAAAGCUUAAAUAAAAAUUUAUUUGCUAAUGUUAAAUUAAUUACCAAGUAAUUUUUAUAAAGCUAAUUUAUGAGCGACAUCAGAGAAAUUCUUCUACGUUUUGGCUUCGUUUCCGUAAGACAGUUUGUGGCAUACAAAAUUGAUGCUAAAAAUAUUUCUCGGUUAUUACUGAAAGGAAAGACUGAAAGGUAUAGUUCAUAAUACUUAGGUCAGCAUUUGGAAAGAUAUUUAUGUGAUGAAUAUAUCCACAAGAAAUGCAGACAGAAAUUUACAAGGAAAAUAUAAAUGCAGAAGUAAUCAAUGCUGAGUACCACCGCCUUUACGAGUUUUUACAAGUUAUUGGUUAUUUCCUGUUCCUCUGUCUGCCAAAAAUAGCUAGAUAUGACUUGGGAAUUACUUUAUUUUUAGAAAUUUAAUCAGAUCUAGCUUUUGUGAGCCGAAAAAAAAAAAAAAAAGAAGACAUUAUAAAUUCUCCAAUCCAUUUUGAAACUUUGAAUAUUUGCCCUUUUGAAAUACAAAACGGAAGUCUUAUUUUAGUUCAUGAAUGCAUGAUUGUGCUUUAAACAGAAUGUGAAUUAGGGUUAUAUUUAUUAAUACCUUUAAAAUGUU